UCAUACAGUUUAUUUAACUCCAUUCUAAAAAAUGCUAUCUUUUCAACACAUAAUUAAUAAAAAAGUUACCAAUGAGAAAUUUGACACCCUUUGUUCCCUACGGGGUCCUCGAAGGCCGUGAGCUUGCACGCACAGCACAGCACGAUGAUUCAGACCAGCCACGUUCCACGUGCCCAGCGGCCACUUUGCACAGCCCAGCAACAGCCUUCAUUUCCUGAAGCCACCACCAAGCGUCCCUUAACGUCGGCCUUCACCCACAAAAUAGUCACAAAGCAUCGCGGGCUCGACGCGAUUGGAACUGCAUUUCUGUUUGUGUACUUAAAAAAGGAAAUACAAAUAUUUAAUGGGGAGUUAAGACAACACUGAGAACACCUUCUCGGCCUGCUCUGCUCAUGGGCUUAUCUUCUUUUCCGGGGAGCCUGAACUGGAAAGGCCUGAUUCCCAGCCGAGCCUCCAGCCUCCGGGGCCAGAGGCAGCCCAGGGGCAUGGCUUAAUUAACACCUGUACGGGCACUUUUGAUCUUCAAGGAGCCGUGCCCACUCAGCUGAGCUGCUCCGGGAUUAAGGGCCCUGAACCCAGAAAGCCUUGCCCAGAGAUAAGGGGGACGGUGGUGUUACGUCAUUACAAAUUGUUCUGGUUCCACCCCGGCAUGGGGCAGAGGGCUUGGUGUGGAUGCCCAACUGGCCUCCACCUGUGUGACCUGGGAGCAGGCAGCCGCGCAGCCGGGCCCUUGGCCUGGGGCCCCCUUGGCCCUGCAGGUGUGUGUGUGCAUGUAUGCACACGUGCGUGGCUGCUUCUCUUCCUGGUGGAUUCCUCGUGGACGGGGGAGACGGCCCUGCAUGGGGGUUAUUGGCCCCCAUUCUCCAGGGCAGAUUGGGGACGACCCACACCAAGAAGGCCAAGGUCAAGGGGCAGAGGGCAGCCAAAACUCGGGUGUGCCCCUCCUGUCCCCCCUGGCAGUGGGGAUCAGGUGGGCCUGGGCUCCACAUCCUUUAUGGCCGGUGGCCACACGUCCUUCUGCAAACCGUGGGACAAAUGCGUCCUGUGUUGCAUGUAUUUAAUAGGCUGGCACAGAGGGGCCCGUGCCGUCGGGGAGCCGGUCUCCCGGUACUCCGCCACUCCCCAGCUCUGCGGCCUGACUUCUUGGCGUUCAAACGCUCCCUCUGUGACACGGGAGGUGGGACAGGUCUGUGCUCCCUGGGGUCUGCUGCAGGAAACGAAGCCGCUCAGGGACCGAGGGGCUCGGUGGAUGUUAGUCACGACCCUGACCCCGGGAAACAACAACGACGGCAGCGAUGGAGCACCGACUGGGGCCAGGCCGCAGGCAGGCGCAGAGCAGCAAGAGACAGAGCAGGAGUUGGGUGAGGUGCAGUUUAGGGUGACAUGCUGGCUGCCCACCACGCACAGCGCCCGGCUUGGUGACAGGUCCUUCGUAAAGGCAGCGUCCCCCUCCAGCCCCCAACCCGGCUCUGAGGAACCGCCCAGGCCCUCCCGGCUCCUCCCUGGCAGGGUCACAGGCAGUGGGCAGGAGGGAACCAGCUGCACGGGGGCCCCUCUCUCCGCCUAUUUGGAGUGCCUCACUCACCUUAAUUACGGGCCUGCGGGUACGUCGGGGCGCGCCCGGGACUCCCGAGAUAGCCCAGAAGCCCCGGCUCCGGCUCCGGGGGCGGCCGGACAUCCCGGGCAGCCAGGUGCACCUUCACCCCCCAUCAGCGCCUCCCCACCUGGAGACCCCGCAGCGCCCCCUUCCUCCGCGGGGCCCUCUGGCCGGUCUCGGGGCGCCCGCAGCCCCCAGGGGACGCGUACCCCCGCAGCCCGCGGCCGGAGUCCUGGGGGGGGCGGGUCUCUCCCUCCCGCACACAGCCGGGCGUCGGUGGGGGAACCGCGCCUCGAUCUCCCGGCCUGGGCGGGGAUGCCCGGCAGAGCCCGGAACGCCGCGCCCGCGCGCUCGGGCACGGCCGCCCACGCCUCCCGACUGGAGUGUAUAUUUAGCCUCAUUAUCAAUGUUUGCAGUGAACCGUGUGAACCGCCUAAUAGCGGCUGGAAGUGAAACUCGAUUCCCGGGCAGGAGGAAGCACGUGACCACGCCUGGUCCGGAGGGGAUCACGACGGGGGGCUGGCAGGAGUCGGAGGCUCAGUGGGCGUGACAUGGUCAGCUUUGGGGAUGACCAUCAGACCGCGUCCAGGCCCAGUCCCCACACUGCACUUCUGGCAUCCUUCCAGAAACUGCCCAGCGGUCUCCCUCUCGGAAGCAACAGGAGGUUCUACCUGGACAGACACGACUGGCUCUCACGUGCCCUCCAGACCUUUCCAAGUUUUCCCUGGUUCUCCCUGGGCCUUCCAUCCUGACCGCCGGGGAGGGCGCUGGCAUCAGGGUCGCAGGGUGGGGCUGUGGCCCAGGGGGAGGCAGGGCCGCUGGCGGCCGCAGGUGUGUGAAGGCUCCGGGAGGGAGGGCGCUGUGGAACCGGGCCCUCCAGACACUGCAGGAGAGGCCCCGCCCCUACCUCUCCCGGUAUUUGGGGGGAAGGGGAGCGCCCCCCGAAGCGCCCUUGGGACUGGGCCUUUGAAAUGCCGCAGCCCGCCGAGGCGGGGAUGAAAGAGCGCCCGCGGGCUGCGCCUUUACUGCCUUUGUGUGGCCGGAGGGCGGCCGGAGGGGGCGCGGGCCUAGCCCACGGGA